GCAUGCGCGUCCUCUAGAGGCGGAGGUUCAGUCAAUAACUGUCAGCAGCUCAGAGAGUUUCAGCAGCAGAGACGAGGAAGAGUGACUAAAGGUAAGAGAGGGGGCUUCACAAGACUGAUAAGGACUUUUUAGACAUCAUAUUUCCUAACUCUGCUGCAGUCUUUUGGUGUUUUAUUCGUUUAAGAGUCAAACUGUCAGCAGAUGUUAACUUUACGUUGGUGCGUCAGCGGGGCGGGGCUCCGAGUCUUUUGACAACUUUGGCGAAGCUGCGAUAUAAAGUGAUCGAUAAUGUUUUCAAGCUUGUGAUAAAAGUGAGUUUCAAGUGCGUUUUAAGUUUGUUUUCUCUUUUGGAACUGCUUUCACUUUUGUAUUCCCGAUAGAAAGUGUUAAAAAUCGAUUUCUAUUCACCUGUCAGGUAAACGAAAAUCACGUCAGCGUUCAAAAAAAUGUUUUUUUCUUCCAAUAAUCUCUUUAAUUUAAUCUCUUUAUGUCUGUCUCUGCCCUGUCAUUGUGUACUUUGAGGCUGUUGUGCACAUGUUGUCUCUUGACGGUGGUGUACCUGUUGAAUUGGUCAAACUGGCUCUGAUGGGAAUGCAGCCAAACCUCUUUGGAAUGACUGACUGAUAGAGUUUCAAUUCUUCACACAGAAAUAUAAAAGCAGGAUCUGUCUGUUUGUGUGUCUGUGCAUGUUUGUGUGAAAAAUAACUGUGUCGCAACCACCUGAUGACAUUUUCUUAUGCCUGUGUGUAAAUGCAAAUUAGUUCAGGGUGGGAUGAUUCAAUCAGUUUGGUGAGCAGUAACGCGCAUGUGCGGAAAAGUCAAACCCUUAUGCCUUUUAUUAUUACCUUUUAUUGUUUAUGAGGAAGUCUGGACGACACAGUUAUGAAGCCUGAUUUUGUAAGAAGGAGGCAUGUCCAAACUCUACAUCAGUGUUGUUUUCCUUUUUUACCAUGACGAAGGCGUGACGUUGACGAGCUAAACAUAAGUCUUAGAUUAUUAAAAUGUGACGAGACGAAUGUGCGUUUACGUUGACGAGACUAGACGAAAACGUUAGUGGUGGAUGACGAACAGAGUUGCGAAAUUUAUGAGCAUUUCGUCAGUAAAAUGCUAUAUUCUGCAGUGUUGUUUUCGUUGACGAUGACGUUGACGAAAAUAUUUGAUGAAAAUAUUUCAUCAACGCCCCUUUUUUUUCCCACGACGAAGACGUGACGUAGACUAGCUAAACAUAAGUCCUAGAUGACUAAAAUGUGACGAGACGAAUGUGCGUUUAUGUUGACGAGACGAGACCAGACUAAAACGUUAGUGGUGGACGACGAACAAAGUUGCAAAAUUCAUGAGCAUUUCAUCAGUCAAACGUUAAACAUAUUCUGCAGUGUUGUUUUCGUUGACGAUGACGAUGAAAUAUUUUCAUCAACGUCAACGAAAAACAACACUGCAUUACAUAUACUGUCGGUCCAUUCGAUAUCACACAAAAGUUGCAAAAAUAGCCAAUGUACAAGCUCACUGGGCUGCCACUUGCCCAUGUAUGGUCUAGACCAAGCUAGCUAGCUUGGUUGUUGCCCUAAGCGACCGCUUAUACUGCUUAUAGCACGGGCCGGCCCUUACUAUUUAGCUAUUCCUUUUCAUUUAUUUCGCUCUUUUAAAAAACACAGAGGGAUGUUUUUUUUCAGGCCCGAAGCAAAUACUGAUUAUAAAUAGUUCAUGAGGCCCGUAACCAAUAUGCAUUGACAGUAAAAAUUAGAAUCUUUCUGUUGGAAUUACAACUGAAGGUUGAAGUGAAAUAAAAUGUGCCAUUGAAUACAAAGAAAACCACUGCCAACAUGUCAACGCUAAUGGUCGACUGAUAAAAGUUUUCAUGGGCAGAUGGUGAGACCAAUUCUGAGAGAGCUGAUUGGCCAAUGACCAAUAUACUGCUGAUGCAUCUUUGUUGUUUUAUAUAUAAACUAACUAAUACAAAAAACAUUUUUUUAAAUUAACUAAAUAAAUAUAGAAAAAUGUCCAGCUCAUAUAUCUCAUUUACCUUCACCUCUGUACUUAGUACUCUUGAUCAUCCUGAGUCCUGAGCUUUCAUCAGAUUUUCACCUCCUUCGUCUCAUCUCUCUCUGUAGAUUAAAUCCUGAAAAUGUCGGACUCUCGGCUUAUCCAAACCAUCCGCAGACCUCCUCAACCCCCCACUCCCAUCCUCGGUGAGGCCGGCUGACAUCCAGAGUCAUGAAAUAAUCUGAUACAGUUAAGAUAAGGAAGUGAAAGUGUCUAAUCAUUCAUCCAAAUGUGUUUUCUUUCCUCUUUUAGCAUGUUCAAAGGUUUUUCUUUGUGUCAUGCCCAUCACUCAGAUCGCCAUCGGUGAGACUUUGAUGCACAUUUAAGGUCAAGAUAUUUUAAAUUUUAUAAAAUUUGAUUUGCAAAAAGCACCAAAUAUCUCCUCUCCUCCAUCAGGCGCAGUCCACCUUGAUAACUGUCCCCGACAGCCCUACAUCCCCAUCUACCUGAUCGUGGUGGGGAUGUUCGGUCUGGUGCUGGCGGUGCUUUCUUGUCUACCUUGCGCUCAGCAGCCCAAAGACGGGACUAGUAACCCACUGAGUCGAGUUUGCGCCACCUGGAACUCUCUGACCUCUUUGUUCCUCUUCUGCUGGUUUAUCGCUGGUGAGUUUGAUCGACACUGCAGUAGCCUGAACUGACCACUAGAUGUCUGUAUUUUCUGCUGGAAAACCUAAAAAAAGACAUAACAGCACAAACACAGCAAACUUUUUUUUGUUUUUAUCAUUGAUGUAAAGAUAUAUUAAAUCAUUUUUAACAUUGCUCUGAUAAUCAAACACUUGAACUUUGAUUCUCCUCCAGGGAAUGUAUGGAUCUAUUCAAUCUACCAGCCAAACUACAUCAAAAACUCCACAAACAUAGAGUCAUACUGUAACAAGACUCUUUACCUCUUUGCCUUCUGGACCACCACGCUGGUCUACAUCCUCCUCGGUCUGUUUUUCGUCGGAGGCUGCUGCGUGCUCGGCUGCUUCUUCCUGUGUGGCCGAGCCGACCCGGACGACGACGUCUAGGGUCAAAACUGAAGGAACAAGAAGACAGGAGGCGUCUUGAACCGUGAUUUUUAAUGCUGAGCCCUUGCUACCUCUGCAGAAGUCUCUCUUGCUGCCUUUCUAGUCUUUUGUUUGACACACACUGUUUACAUGUUCAGCCAGUGAGUGGGCUGAAACACUGAAAAUAAUCUUUUGAAAGUGAGAUAAAUUUGCCAAGUAUGUGCAGAAAAUGCUCUUAAUGAUCUUGUAAAAUUUUAAUUCACAUAUUUUUAAUCUUUACACGUGGCUCUUGUCCUCUGUCUAAAUUUACAUACAGUUAAAAAUGCAUAUAUAUUUUUUUAAGUCAGAAAAAUAUAUAUUUAUACAUCUAUUUUUUUCCAGUAACAUGUUAGUAUUGAGAGAACUUGAAAGCAGAUCAUAUAACCAUGAAUUAAAAGAGUCUAUGCUGCUCCACGUCUGACUCACAGUGCACUUUGCUCAGUGAUAAUAUCGUCCUAGGGCCGUGCCUUUAUUUAGUGCAACACUGGAAUUCUUCUAAACUACAAACUGUAUCAGAUAUUUGCUUUAGAGCAUGACACGGGAGCGGAUUUUCACUCCUGUCCCGUCCCGCUCCCAGAGAAAAAAUCCCGUCCCAAUCCCGGACCGGAGUAAAAAAAAUAAUCCUGUCCUGUCCCACUCCCUUAGAAUGACUCCCACUCCCAUCCCGCUUCCACUCAAAAUUACUCCCACUCCUGUCCCACUCCCGUUGAAAUAAAACCAAACAUGUUGAAAAAACGUUGCAUUUUUUAUUUAAAAUAAAAAAUUACAAUAAAAAUUUUAGGUUUAAAGUGGCAGCUGUGUCGCUCUGACUCGGAGCGGCUGCCGUCGCCGGCGGCGACACACAUAAUUUUCACUUCUUUUUCUUCUUUUUUUCACUUCCGGUGGUGAGAGGAAGUCAAACCACUGUUGUAUUUCUUUUGUCAAGAGUGUUAGCUCUCACUGAGAGAUGACUACAAAAAUGGACCCAUGUGUUCUUCUGGUUGUUUAUCAUGGCUGAAAAUGAUCAUCUAUUACUGUUGUUCCUGCUCCUGCCCGCUCCCAUUGCUUUUUUUCCUGUCCUGUCCUGAUCACGGGAUUAAUUAAAAAAUGAUUCCCAUCCCGUGGGAUUCCCGCAGGAAUCACGUGACCCACGGGAAUUUCUGAAAAAUGUCAUCCUCUAAUGCUUGUGUGAAGAGUAAUCUAAUGACCAAAAUUGUCUUACUAUGCAGACUGUACUGUUGAAAUCAUUGAAAAUAAUCAUAAAAAACUCUGCUGAUCA